AUGGUCCAGCAUCAUGCAGGGGUUUGUUCUGGUUCAGUGGGCGGACUGAAGCUGCGUUGUGCCUCCAGGUGCUGUUCAUACGUGGGUCGCCGCGGGGGCGGCCCACAGGCCAUCUCCAUCGGCAAAAACUGCGAUAAAUUCGGGAUUGUCGUUCACGAGUUGGGACAUGUGAUCGGAUUCUGGCACGAACAUACCCGGCCGGACAGAGAUGCCCACGUCAGCAUUAUCCGAGAAAAUAUACAGCCAGGGCAGGAGUACAACUUCCUGAAGAUGGAGCCUGCCGAGGUCAAUUCCUUAGGGGAGACGUAUGACUUUGACAGCAUUAUGCACUAUGCUAGGAACACCUUCUCCAGGGGUGUUUUCUUGCACACCAUCCUUCCUCGCAGAGAUGAACAUGGCAUGAGGCCUCCCAUUGGACAGAGAGUAAGACUGAGCAAAGGUGAUAUCGCCCAAGCCAAGAAGUUGUACCGAUGUCCAGCCUGCGGUGAAAGCUUGCAGGACUCAGUUGGGAACUUUUCAACCCCAGGCUUUCCGGACGGGUAUCCAACUUUCUCUCACUGUGUGUGGAGAAUAUCGGUGACCCCGGGAGAGAAGAUCAUAUUAAAUUUUACAACCAUGGACGUGUAUAAAAGCAGCCUGUGCUGGUAUGAUUACAUUGAGGUACGCAAUGGAUACUGGAGGAAGGCGCCACUCCUGGGGCGACCAGAACCGAACACUGUACUUUUGAAGAGGCCUCAACUACAUACUGUACAACUUCAACAUGACAUC